GUUAGCAUAUGCGAGAGGAGGUGUAUGAUUAGCGCAGCUCUCAAGGCUGUUUAGGUUAUUGUUUACUACCCUUCGUCCCCAUUUUACUUCAUCGUCAAGGCACCGUAUAAAGCCCUCAACCACAGCAAAGAAAAGGUUCUUCUCCUGGCGUGAAAGGAUGGCGAAGGUUGGCAAACUGGCAUUCCUCCUCUCCAUCCUUGUGGGUGUUUCCAUGCUGACCUUUCUGGAUGGGCGACCCCAAAGCUCAGCUGUGGUCAUAUCUGCUGUCAACAAUACUGCUUGGAAAGACACUGCAGCAGAGGUGUCGAGUUAUGCCGAUGUGGCUAAACAGAUCAUCGACCUUGCUGUGUUUGGAGCAGCCCAGAACCGCUCAUACAGACGCCUCGCUGACUUCACCGACACCAUUGGAAACCGUGUCAGCGGUUCAGCUAACCUGGAGAUGGCUAUUAAAUAUAUGAACAAAGCCAUGAUGCAGGAUGGUUUGGAUGUACAUCUAGAACCAGUAAAAAUCCCACAUUGGGUGAGAGGAAAGGAGAGCGCACAGAUGAUUUUGCCCCGAGUGAAGAAUCUGGCCAUACUGGGACUGGGUAGCAGUGUAGGAACGCCAACUGAAGGUAUUGAAGCGGAGGUGUUAGUUGUUCGGUCUUUUGAGGAACUGAAGCGCAGAGCCGGCGAGGUCUCAGGAAAGAUUGUGGUCUUCAACCAGCCUUUUGUCAGCUACGGUGAGACAGUGGCUUACCGUGAAUAUGGCGCCUCAGAGGCAUCGAAAUUUGGAGCAGUAGCCACGCUCAUUCGAUCCAUCACUCCUUUCUCAAUUAAUAGUCCCCACACUGGUUGGCAGGACUACCAAGAAGGCGUGAAGCGCAUCCCUACAGCAUGCAUCACCAUUGAGGAUGCUGACCUAAUGUGGCGUAUGGCGCAGAAGGGACAGCGGAUCACUGUCAGACUCACUAUGGCUGCCAAGACGCUUCCUGAUGCCGACUCCUUCAACACGGUGGCCGAGAUCAAAGGCUGGCAGCACCCUGAGCAGGUGAACGUGUCCAACUUUGACAUGGUCAUGGAGUCUGACAUGGGGACAUUCAGCCCAGUGGCGCUACAGUUUACUGGCAGUGUUGCAGCACGAAAGGUGAUGGAGGAGGUGGUCAAACUCUUAGCUCCUCUCAAUGCUACCAAACUGGAGAUGCACGGAGAGGGGACGGACAUCUCGCCUUGGAUACAAGCCGGAGUACCGGGUGCCAGCCUCCAUGUGGCAGACAGCCGCUACUUUUGGUUCCACCACACAGAAGCUGAUACUAUGAGCGUUCAGGACCCUCGGGACAUGGACCUCUGUGCGGCACUUUGGGCCGUGGUGGCCUUCGUGGUAGCCGACCUGAAGGACAUGCUGCCCAGGUAGACAGGUAGCACACUGAAAGCAGGUGCUCGUGACACUGCUGGAAAGCGGUUUAUUAUGGUGAAGCUGUAGCUCAGGGACCAGAGAGUCAUGGAAUGAUGGCAAACAUUGCACAUUUGAUACCAAAACACAACAUACAAGGGACCUUUUUUUUUAAAUCAAAACAUUGUAAUAAUCUAUUUUAUUAUUGUCUUGAAAUCAUAUUGCCUUAACAGGAUGUAGUAGGAAGGAUUAGAUGUUUGUGUAGCAAUGAGUGCUGCAAAUAAUGUUUCUGUCAAUACAUUUAUUUUUAUCUUGUUUUUUCAGAUAUACUUUAGAUGAUUUAAAUGUUUUUAAUACCAAUUUUACAUGUGCUCUGUGAGAUUUUACAAUUAAUAAUUGUAUUGUUUUAUUUUGAGCAAUAAACUGUCAUUACUGUAAACACACAUUCAUCAGAAUGAUGUUACUCUUAUUACAGUGGGUGUUUUCAUAGAAUGCAAGAGAUGACAAAUGAGCUACAAAAUCAUGGGUGUACAAACAUUUUUCAAUCAAUCAAUCAAUCAAUCAAUGUUUAUUUAUAUAGCCCUAAAUCACAAGUGUCUCAAAGGGCAUAUACAUUAAAGGACACAGGGCCACUUAAACACAUUUCAAACAUUAAAGUUGAUAAAAACCAAUCCAAUGUAGGUGAAUAUAUUCUAAAUCUAAACAAAACAUCUUAGCUUUGUGUUAUAGGUGUCAAAGUAAAUUAGUGUCAAAUCUACUAGUACAUGAAGAAAUGUAUGUCUUUGUAUGCAAUCAAAUAACAAAUUGAUUCACAAACCAAAAAAAGCAUAUGUAAACAAAAUGUAUGUCUUUAACCAAAAUAGAGAGGGCGUAAGUAAUCAGUAUUGUCUCACCAUGACUCGAGACUCACCAAUAAAAAGGCUUCUAAUAUUUUGUGCAGAAUAGGCCCCGGCGCCCACAAGAUUGAAGUUGUUUGGUAACCAGAAAAAAUAUAUUUGUAAAAACAGAAUUUGCAACAAAAAAAUAUUUGUUACCAAAAGCGGAUUUGUAAUUUAAUAAAACAGAUCUGUAACCAAAAAAGGGACCUGCAACCUAAACGGGAAGAAACACAGAAAAUAAAUUAAGA